AUGUACACUCUACAGACAGCGUUACAUUGGGCCGCGAAAAAAGGACGAAAAGAUGUGGCUGAAAUAUUAUUAAACACAGGAAUGGAUGUGAAUACAAAAUCGGUGAGAGUUUCUCUACAUCCAACUUUAAAUUUUUUUGUGUUCCUUAGAUGAUUUUGUUCAACAAUGAGAGAAUUUGUUUUGUCUUGUUCACUUACUUCUUUGUUUUCUAUUUUAUUCGACUUAAUAAUCCUGAUCUGAAAUUAUGGAUACACCGUCCGUCGUAAAGAAGGUAAAAAUUUGGAAUAUGCUUUGCUUCCCUUUUCUGCUAAAAAUAUUGUUAAUGUACCUCAAGACAGAAUCUCUCUCUCUCUUGUGUACCUGUAUUUUUCUAACCACCUUUUAAUUUGUUUUUUUUUCCGGUUGGUAACUACGUGCACCUACAAAAGGGGGUAAGUACUUGUUUAAAUGCAUGCUUUUCCCUUAAUCAGCUUUAACUAAAAUACAUUCGGACCUCCUGUACCACCCGAAAUGCGAAGAUUUAAUGGUCAAUUAAGGGAGCUGGGUUGCUUAGGAGAAUGGAACCAAAAGGUAUCUUUUCUGAGUAGAGGUCUUGAUAAACCUUUUGUAAGAGAAUUUGCUGUUUGCGUUGUCUAAGUUACGAUAUGUGUAGUUCCGUCUUUCACUGAAAGUUCCUCCUAUUCUUUGAGCUGCGUAGCACAUGUAGCGAACAAAAGGCGGGUCUCAAGUGGGGCGGUCGCUUGCAAGAGCUUGUAAACAAUGGAAAAUUAUAAAACUGCCUCCACAAAAAGAGGUGGCGGUCGCUUACGAGUGGUUCCAACUAAAAGGUUUUGUGUUUUGGAUAGAUGAUCGCUUACAAGAGGUGGUUGCGCACGAAGGUUCGACAUGUACAAGGGGCAAAAGACGACGAGAAAGUUUCCCCCGACAUCUCGGACAUUUUUUUUUAUUUUUAUAUACCUCGUAAUAGAGCGGUUCGACUGUUGGCAGUCCUGAGCAAACUCAUACCCAGACUCUUUUCUCUUUCUUCUUCCCGUCUAUCUUCGUUAGGAGUAGCCUGUUCCAGGAAGGCAGCAUUCAGACGGUGGGGAGCAAGUUGAAUCGUACGCGGGGAAAACAAGCUGGGAAAAAAAUGAGGGGAAACUGGGGUUGGGACUGGGACGGGGGACUGUUCCCUCUCUAGCCUCCCCUGGUUUUUUCCUCCAAGCUCUACUUCUAAGCACCUGGAACAGGCUAUCUCAAGAGUCGAUUUUAGACUUCGAAGCCCAUACGUAAGGCAAUCAAUAGUCUUUGAUUAUAAUUAUAAAUUGUAUUCAUCACUUGUAUUCUCACUGACUGAGAGCCUACAUUAAUUUUGGAAAUAAGAGCACCCUAAAGAUUAUUCACUAAUCUGCAGUCAGCAGAUAAGUAAAAAAACUGUGGGAAUAUUGUAUGUUUUUUAAGAAAAAUAAACAGUGAUUAUGGAAGCUGAUUACAAAACAAUCGGUGCGUAAAGGUUUUGUGACAGUCGAGAUAAUUAAGAUUGAUCUCUUUAAGUGUUAUCAUAUCAGCCAAUACCUUUGACUGAGUUGUUAUGCUAGCCUGUCCAGAAACCCUCUAUUUUACCCUUGGAGAUCGUCGAGCGCGCGCGGGAGAUUUUUUGACCGCUAGGGCAAGGGAGUGGUGCGUUCGCGUGCUCAUCGAUUUUCGAAAAGGAAAAGAAAACAACCUCUGCGUACAGGCUAUUGUUAUGCUGUUAGCUUAAAGGUACUCAGUCCUCUUAAUAUUGUGAUUUGUUUUCAGGGAUACACUGCUCUGCAUCUCGCUGUAAUUCAUAACCAUGAGAAUAUCAUUAUUUCUCUUUUGGACUGUGGUACGUUUUCUUUUUCUUCGCAUGAAAUAGUCGUCGUUUGAUAAUAGAACCAUAAUGGGGAAUCCACAUGAGUUAUGGCUCCUGGGUACAUUUCUUGCAGAAAAUGACUAAAACAUAUGAUAUUGAUCACUGUUGUGAACGAUUUCUUCCCUGAUUUUUUUUCUUUUUUUGUCAAAGGUGCUGAUGUUGAAGCCCGCGAUUACAGCGGCCGCAAACCUAAACACUACAUAAAGGAAUCUAUGUCAUUAUGGUUACAAAGUAAGUUCAUGGACUAAUACAGCACCUCUAAUUCCGCGUAUAUAUAAAAAAAUAAAAAAUAGUUUUAAAUUUCGCUGGUAAAACUCGAUGAUUUAAAAGACUUGUUUGUCUACGACAAUGUGCCAUGGACUCUUUUUACGCGGCGGCAAUGUGAAAUCCCUGAAGAAUAAAAUGCUUUUUUUACAUGCGUAAAUCUGUUCAGAGGGCUUGGUUACAUAGAGGUGGGUGACCCCAGAUAGGUGAGGUAACAUGUGGCGGGUCACCCGUUCAUGUAAACGUGAUCAAAUUAAAAUGUGAGAUUAUAUGGACAGGCGGGUUACCUCACUUACUUGUGGUCCCCCACCUCUAUGUAAACAGGCCCUAAUUGUGUGUACAUGGAGAUUUACAUGUAAGUUUAUACGUAGAUAUAUUUUACAUGUGUAAAUUUGUUCUCAAGAGACAAGACGUUUUUUUUUUAGCCAAAGUGGUAGCGCUUAAUUCUUCGCCUCAGCUGAAAUCCUCAAACUCUGUCGACGUCUUCGGAUUUCGGAAAAUUAUCGCACCCGUUUCUCCCGUUAAGCUGUAGUUCUGUUCUGAAACAUGUAUCUUUUUGAAAGGUCUCAUGCUGAAACAAUUUGUUAUCAUUUAGGAAAACUUGGAAGGAAAAUGGCCCCGUCAGGUGCGUAGAAAUACAACCCGUGAGCAUAACAGUACAAAAACCAAACCUAUCACUUAUUAGGACAUUUACUAAAGAUUGACGUUUCUAAAAAAAAAGGUGGUGAUUAUACUUUUUAGAAAAAAAAUUGUAACGUCUUUCAUAGAGUCGUAAAUAAUCGCUGAUUUCAUCUGGUCAUUUCAUAACUUUUACAUCGUAUCUUAUGCUAUGCCCUGCAGUAUAUCACAGUUCAAGGAACAGGCAAUUCUUUUACUGUCCCACAAAUUAAAAGAAAAUAGCGUCCCCGGGUGGGCUUGAACCACCAGCCUUUCGGUGACAUUAACGUUAACAGCCGAACGCGCUAACCGAUUGCGCCACGGAGACGUAUGCGAACAGUCCUUCUUAAAAAGGGCAUAUCCAGCUUUGUACCUUUCCAAACUGGCAUGCAUGGUACAGUGAAAACUAAAUGGCUAAUAUUUUUCUGCGAAGAUGAGCCUUACGGUUAAGCUCGAAACCCCCCCACCCCUUCUCUCUAAACCCUGCUCCGUGCUCCUUUUCUUUGUCCUUGUUUUCAAAUUUUUUCCUUCUGUGACAGUUCAUAAAACGUAUAUUUUCUACAUGGCAAGGAUUUUCUUAGGGGCAAGCGCGAAACGCGAGUGACUGAUGACGAAACGCAAUGGACCAUGGAAAGGAGAAAGAAGGCAGGCGAAGCGCCGUAUCGCCCGUAUUCUCUUUCCCGCCUUUCUUAGCGCGCAAAUUUUCAUCGAGAGAGAGACUUUUGACACUUUUGGGUGCGAGGCAGAUAAAAUACAGUUAGUGAUACGGGGAACUCAGGAAAAUCUGUUUUGUUAUAACAACGGAACAUUACUAAGGGUUCCUGUUAUGUGUGCUUUGCAAGGGACUAUCAUGCAGGCUAGCCGUGUAAAUGACUUUUUUAAAAUAACCAAGAACCAUUAUGGCUCUUGAUACAACCCUUUACACUUUUUUUUUUUUCAAUUUUUUUUUUCAGUUCUAGUAUCAUCAGAGGAGACCUUGAACAGAGGAUUUCACAACAUUGGUUCCAUCUUUUUCGAUAUCAAAGCACUUAGCAAUUCCCUUGGGACUGGCCUGGACAAACUAGACGAAAAGCCAAAUAAGCUUCAUAUUCCGAGAAAUAAAGUAGCAAGAUCGGUAAAUAAACCGGACUUUAAAUUUUGUUUGUUUGUUUUCACUCAGUGAUGUUUGUAGUCAACGAAGCAAAGUUAAACAGAGAGAGUUGUCUUGUAGAGAGUUGACUGCUAAUAGUCUCUAAAAUAUUUGUCCGUUUCAAAGUUUCACAAACUGAGAAAGCAGAUGGGAAAAAUAUCCAGAUCAGAAAAAAACCGACAAAACAAAAAGACUAUGAUACAGUAAAUUCAUAUGGUUGUUAUAUAUUGUCUGCAAGUUAAUUGGAAAGGUUUUUUGGGAGCUGCGAGGCAUUAAAGUAUUCGCUGCAGUUGUGAAGGGUUUGCCUCUUUAGAUAUAAUACAAAAGUCAACGUACGCAUGAUCUGCCUUGCCCCUGUACGGCGUGUUUCCAGGUCUUUUCGGUCAAUGAUUUCCGGUGACGUAUUCCAGUGAACGGCUGGACCACGUGACCCGAAACGCGUAUGCCACACGGAAUAAUGAGGCCAAGGACUAGGAAACGCACGCUCCUCCGAGGCAACACAAACAGGCCGUUUAGGAAAAGUGACAGUUAGUGAAGGCGAUUUCAGUUGUAAAACUUACACCUUCCUGUCCAAACUUUUAAAAAUUAAUUCUGGAGUAUUUGCCAUAACACUAUGAAAUCUUACAUUUGCAGUCGUCUUUUGUGAAGAUUUAUAAAAACGUCACUGGAAAAUUCAAGGAUAAGAAUCCACCCAAACUAGAAAUUCCUGAGUGUACAAGGUGAGGUAACUUGCAUUUUCUUGGAUAUAUUAUCAUUUUAUUUUCUGGCCUUCCCUCUUUGUACCAAAUGUAACGCCACUAAAAAAAAUAAUUUGGUAAAAGCUCUUUAAAUGAGAACAUGUUUUAGUCUUCGCAAGAUCAUGAACUGAAAUUGAGUGGUUGAUGGACCGGUUUAUUUUACACACUUCAUCAUUCACAUACAAUACUCCUCAUAUACUAGAUUCGGCACAUGUGAAGUGCAACGUUUGAACCGAGCCUUAAACAAUGUAAGUGAGCGUAGUUUUUUCUAGCCUGAGAAAACAGCCGACAUUUCGCGAAGCUACCACUGGUUUUCUCCCAAAAUGACAUCUGAGAGACGAGCGCAGAAAUUCCACAAUGAUGACGUGUCACUAUCCAAGACUGGGAAUUGCUUCUGAUUGGUUGAAGCGAAUUUCCUUCGCGACACAACUAAAAAGAAUUAUACUACCCAGGUCUGACAAGUGACGGUGGUAACACGUCAUCAGUAAUGAGUAUGGAAUUUCUGGGAUCGAUCAUCAGACGUCAUUUUGCGGGCGGAAUCGCGAAAUGUUGGCUAUUUUCUCAGGCUAAGUUUUGGUGUAAUCCAAACAAUUUUCUUAAAAAUAUCCCUCUAUUCCUUUGCUUGUAGCUAUCAGAGAACAGGCCGCGCAAGGUCUGCUCCUGACAUCAACAACAUCGCAACGUGGAACCCACGAUUCGUUAAAGUGUGCGUUAAGCUGUGA